CUUUUCCAUUUUUUCUUACUUCUCUUUUUUCCUGUGUCCACCCUCAUGAAUAUGGUGCCUGCAAGGUUAUGACUUCUUGGACUUCAUCGGCUUCACUUGUGUUCCAUUCUUUGCUGAUGCGGACUGUUUCAGCUCAAAGUGCUUGUUUUCGGUGUUUUGAUUAGUCCAACCAGAAAAAUUCCAUUGUUGGGAUUUGCUCCUAUUUGAGAUUUGGCACUGACAUGACAUUUGUGCUGGGUGGCUUGAGUUCUCGAAUAUUAAGCUUCUAGUUGUUGAAUUUGGAAUACUUGAAUCCCGUUUUGGUCGGAGUUAGCAAUUAGUUGCAUUUCCGGGGAGAAGGUUAAGCUUUUUGUUGAUUCUACUCAAUAUUAUCGGAGACUUUAUUCUGGGCACUGUUGGAGAUUCUUCUUCUCCGUGUUCGUUUAUGGGGUAGUGCUGCUGCUGCUGCUAUUGGAGGAUGAGUUGCAGUUAGGAUUAUCUUCUUGUGAAAAUCUUAGGGAACAAAGUCAAAUCUUGUUGCUAGAAAAGGCCAGGUGUUAAAUUUAUUUUUCAUAGGUCGUAAUGAAGACUCCACCCAAUGGUUACUUGCCUAAUUCUGGCGAAGGAGAAAGGAAGACCAUCAAUUCAGAGUUAUGGCAUGCUUGUGCUGGACCUUUGGUUUCUUUGCCUCCUGUUGGAAGUCUUGUGGUUUACUUCCCACAAGGACACAGUGAGCAAGUUGCAGCGUCCAUGCAAAAGGAGACUGACUUCAUACCCAGUUACCCUAACCUUCCGUCCAAGUUGAUUUGCAUGCUUCAUAAUGUUGCCCUGCAUGCUGAUCCUGAAACAGAUGAGGUCUAUGCCCAGAUGACUCUUCAACCUGUAAAUAAAUAUGAAAAGGAAGCAAUACUGGCAUCAGACAUGGGUCUCAAACAAAGCCGUCAACCUACUGAAUUCUUUUGCAAAACUCUUACAGCUAGUGACACAAGCACUCAUGGUGGAUUUUCUGUGCCUCGUAGAGCAGCUGAGAAAAUAUUCCCACCUUUGGAUUAUUCAAUGCAACCUCCCGCCCAAGAGCUUGUUGCCAAAGAUUUGCAUGACAAUACUUGGGCAUUUAGACAUAUUUAUCGGGGACAACCAAAGAGGCAUCUAUUGACUACUGGUUGGAGUGUAUUUGUCAGCACAAAAAGACUGUUUGCUGGAGAUUCUGUUCUUUUUAUCAGAGAUGAAAAACAGCAACAUCUUUUAGGUUUAAAGCGUGCUAAUAGACAGCAGCCAGGACUCUCUUCAUCAGUAAUAUCCAGUGACAGCAUGCAUAUUGGCAUACUUGCUGCUGCAGCUCAUGCUGCUGCAAAUAACAGCCCAUUUACUAUAUUUUACAAUCCAAGGGCCAGCCCCUCUGAAUUUGUUAUUCCAUUGGCCAAGUAUAACAAAGCCAUGUACACUCAACUUUCACUUGGAAUGAGAUUUAGAAUGAUGUUUGAAACCGAGGAGUCUGGAGUACGCAGAUAUAUGGGUACAAUCACUGGGAUUAGUGACUUGGAUCCUGUCAGAUGGAAAAGUUCACAGUGGCGCAAUCUUCAGGUUGGAUGGGAUGAAUCAACAGCUGGCGAUCGCCCAAGCAGAGUUUCAAUUUGGGAAAUAGAGCCAGUAGUGACUCCUUUCUACAUUUGUCCACCUCCAUUUUUUAGGCCCAAGUUCCCCAGGCAACCAGGAAUGCCAGAUGAUGAGUCUGAUAUAGAAAAUGCUUUCAAGAGAGCUGUGCCCUGGCUUGGAGAUGACUUUGGCAUGAAGGAAGCCUCAAGUUCAGUCUUUCCUGGUUUGAGUUUAGUGCAGUGGAUGAGCAUGCAGCAGAAUAAUCAGUUCUCUGCUGCUCAAUCAGGAUGUUUCCCAUCCAUGCUUUCACCUAAUACUCUGCAAAGUAACCUUAGCACUGAUGACCCAUCCAAGUUAUUGAGCUUUCAAGCUCCUGUCCUCUCUGAAUCGAGUCUUCAAUUUAACAAACCUAAUUUACCAAAUCAAAUCAACCAAUUGCAGCAGUCCCCAGCAUCAUGGCCUCAGCAGCAACAACAACUGCAGCAGCAGCAGCAACAACAACUGCAGCAACAGCAACAACAGCAGCUACAUCAUCAACAACAGCAACAACAUCAGCUGCAGCAACAGCAGCAGCAGCAGCAACAGCAACAACAACAGCUACAUCAUCAGCAACAGCAACAACAUCAGCUGCAGCAACAACAACAGCAGCAGCAGCUGCAGUCAUUGUUGCAAAUACCUAUGAACCAGCUCCAGCAGCAGAGGCAACAGCAGCUGCCUGAACCACAAAACCUGCCAUUGAUGCAGCAACAACUGCCUCAGCAGAUGGGACAGCAGCCACAGAAACAGCAACAGCAACAGCAACAGUCAUGUCAAAAUACUAUUAUGAAUAAUGGUGUAGUUGCUUCUAACCAGAUUACAAAUCAGUUUGUACAGCAACCAGUAGGCUACGCUCAGCUUCAGCAACAGCAAUUACUCUCAGGAGGUAUUCCAGCCCAGCAAAGUAUCCAGCCGGCUAGUAAGAAUACAUUCCCACUGACAUCCCUAACACAAGACUCGCAAUUUCAGCAACAGAUAGACCAGCAAGCUAGUCUCUUACAGAGGCAGCAGCAACAGACACAGUUGCAACAAUCUCCAAUGCGGUUGUUACAACAAAGCCUGCCACAGAGGGAGCCACCAGUGACUCAAAUGUCACAGCAAAACCCCUCGGAGCAACAACUACAGCUACAGUUGCUAAAGAAAUUGCAGCAACAACAGCAGCAGCAGCAACUUCUUUCCACUUCUAGCCCACUUUUGCAGUCUCAGCUUCUACAGCAACAAAAUAUUCACCAACAGAACCAGCAAUUACUGCAGCUUCCUAUAUCUCAGCAUCAACCUCUACAGCUUGGCAAUAAUGCCUUCUCAACAGAGAAGCUUCUCAAUAGCAACAAUUUCUCUUCUUCAGCUCUUGUACAGUCACAACAGCUUCCUGCGAAUCAAUCCCAGAAUACACAGAAAUCACUUACAAUUACUAGAGCUCCCUCUACACUUACAGAUGGAGAUACCCCCUCAUGCUCAACCUCACCAUCUACUAAUAACUGCCAGAUAUCUCCAUCAAACCUCCUAAAAAGAAAUCAACAAGUACCAGCCACAUUAGGGAGGAGUUUGGUAGUUGAACCCACUAGUAAUCUGAUUCAGGAGCUUCAGAGUAAGUCUGACAUGCAGAUCAAACACGAGUUCCCCAGUGUAAAAGGACCUGACCAGCUAAAGUAUAAAGGGACAAUUACUGAUCAUCUGGAAGCUUCUUCUUCUGGAACAUCUUAUUGUCUUGAUCCUGCUAACGUCCAGCAGAACUUGCCAUUUUCCAACUUCUGCAUGGAUGGGGAUGUCCAAUCUCACCCUAGAAACAAUCUACCAUUCGAUAAUCUUGAUGGUCUAUCGCCUGAUACUAUGCUUUUAAGGGGAUAUGAUUCUCAAAAAGAUCUUCAAAAUUUGUUGUCUAAUUAUGGUGGUGCUCCAAGAGACAUUGAAACUGAGCUGUCAACUGCUGACAUCAGCUCACAGUCAUUUGGAGUUCCAAGCAUGCCUUUUAAGCCUGGUUGCUCAAGUGAUGUUGGCAUAAAUGAUACUGGGGUUUUGAAUAAUGGCUUGCGGGCUAACCAAACUCAACGAAUGCGAACAUAUACUAAGGUUCAAAAGCGUGGCUCUGUUGGAAGAUGUAUUGACGUCACCCGUUACAUGGGAUAUGAUGAACUCCGGCAUGAUUUGGCCCGAAUGUUUGGGAUUGAAGGGCAGCUAGAAGAUCUUCAAAGGACUGACUGGAAACUAGUUUAUGUGGAUCAUGAAAAUGACAUUCUUCUUGUUGGUGAUGACCCUUGGGAAGAAUUUGUAAGUUGUGUCCAGAGCAUAAAGAUAUUGUCAUCUGCUGAGGUGCAGCAAAUGAGCUUGGAUGGGGAUUUAGGUAAUGUUCCAAUCCCCAAUCAAGCUUGCAGUGGGACUGACAGUGGCAAUGCAUGGAGGGGACAGUAUGAUGAUAACUCUGCAGCCUCAUUUAAUAGGUAAGGAUGUCAAAUACUGACAUUUUGGAGCAGUCAACUUGUUGAUUCUGAGAGGAGGAAAACCAACUUAACCUUUAAAACUUCUGGUUGGUGUUUCUUUAUAUCACAAAUGGA